AUGGUCUUCAAGACUCCAGGACUUGAACUAGACACCAAGGAGACGCCGCCUUCUGNUGUUCUCGACAACAAAUUGACGAAUCUCAUCGGUCAAUUGGCAGAAGCCUAUCGGAGCAGGUCUCCGUCACCAGUCUCCGGAGGAAAAUCAGAAGAAGAGGAAGUAGAGGUCUCCGAUUCAGCAUGNGAUCCUGAGAAAGAGAUCGACGAGGAAGAGGCUGCAACUCAGCAGCUGAAGGCUGUGAAGCUGGAAAAGAGUCUGGAAAAGAAGAAGGGGAAACAGAUCAAAGAGCACGAAGACUCCGAAUCGAGUGAUUCAGAGGAAGUAGGAGCAGGAUCUGCUGCUGGAGCAGAAUCCAUGACUGGUGAUGUGUCGUUCUCAUCUGACAAGUUCUGCUCAGCCGGUGCAUAUCAAAGGUACUUUGUAUUGAAAAGUCAUGGAAUUAUCGUUGAGAAGCUUGUUGCUUUUGAGGAACAGAAGGAAUUUGAGUACCCAUCUGUGAUAGCUGAAGCUGGAUUUACUCCCACGGUCUCGAUUAGGUCGGGUUAUGAUAGGGAAGUGAUCAACGAGUUUUAUGCUAAUCUAGGCGAUACAGUGGUACAUGAUGGAGGUGCUAUGGUCUUAGUCAGGGGUCACAUCGUGAGGUUCAGUCCUGCUCGCAUUAACAAAUUUCUGAAUAUGUCAGAACUGAGCUCCAAGGAGAGGAAANGGGCUGAAGCACUUGACAAGGUGGAUCCANAAUUUAUUGCUGCUUACCUUAAGGGAGAUGAAUCUCAGAAAAAUGUAGUUCCGACUAUCAGCAAGCGUCACAAGAAGGCUCCGGCUCUGUCCACAGUUCAUCUGUCUCCGAAGUUUGCUGCAUUAGCCAUUUUGGCAGGGUACAACUGGUACCCGACUACUCAUCGGACACACAUUGCUCAGUAUAGAGCUCUGCUUCUAUACAAGUUGGCUCAGAAGGUGCGCGUAGACUUUGGGGCCAUGGUGUUUCAGCAAGUCAUGGCAAUCAGCAAGAUUGAAAGAGAGGACAACAAGCAGCCUGAUUCAAGGAAGUUGGUGUUUCCACAUCUGAUUGCUGGAAUGAUUGAAGAUCAAUGUGGGGCUGUUACUGGUGAGGAUGAUGUUGUGAUGCUACCCUCGUACUACCAGAUGGACGUCAGGACCGAGAAGAAAGAAAUAGGAGGAACUAGGACGUCACUGCGCACUCGGGCCAAAGGAGUUGAAAUAGUCAAAGAGGAGNUNUUAACCAAGANGAGGUCUCAGCCGCUACUGAUUCAGCAUGCACUACCGAAAAAAACCAAGAGAGAGCCAGAACAGUCAAAGCCAUCCAGAUCAGCUCCAUCAACCUCAGCAAUUGAUGUGUCACUUGGCCACAUCAGUGUGCCUCAAGGGCAGUCAAGUCGGAGGGUGAUCAACAAGGCGCUGUACCAGAUCACGUCUGUCCUGCAUCAGCUGUCAAGGAUAGUUCAAGAUGUGCACCAAGCCAAUCACAGUAAGUUCUCGUGA